AAUAGAUUAGAUUCUGUGUACACUUCCUCGAAUGUAUAUCGGCAGAGCUACUACUUUUUAAAUAAACAUAAAAAAAAAAUUAAGAAACGAUCACUUCAAAUUGUAAUUAUGGGCAUCCAAAGCCUUGAAACGUUCCUUCACAACCACCCAGAAUGCUAUACUCCGGUGAAUAUGGGCGAGCUUGCCGUUGAGUACAAAAGGAAAAAUAAAAGAAAUCCUGUGCUAAUAUGGCAUAUAGGUUCGUGUUAUACAUGGUUGUAUAACAACAAAUGUUGGGUGCUCGGUGGGCAGCUGAAAGAGUUCGCCCAUGUUCUCGAGUCAUUCAUCCAAAAAGUCAAGGCUGCGGGUAUCGAGCUUAUAGUUUUCAACGGUGGCCACAUCCAAACAGAAAAGCUGAAAAAAAAUAUUUCACUCCAGAAAGAAAGAGUGUCAUAUCUAAAUGAAGUCUUUAACUUUCUAUGGGGAAACCAGCAAAAUGACCAGGUUCUAACGAAAUAUUUCAGACUUCUCCCUUCCAACAUUAAUGAAGUCAUAGUAGACACCCUCAGCAAAUUAGAGUGCAAGGUGGGCCUUCCUUGAUAUAUAUUUGAUGAAUUUUACAUAUAUAGCAGUUUUCAGUCAAAUGAAACUUUUUUUUCAAUCAAAUGAAACAUUUUUUUUAAUCAUAUGAAACCAUUUUUCAAGCAUAUGAAACCUAAAAAGUAAUGAUAAUUAUUAUGUAGAGGAAUAAAUAUAGCAUUUUU